AUGUUGAAAAAUCAAAGAAAAUGUUUAUCAGAAUUUGUAUACGAAUCAGAAUUAAAAGAUUUGGAGAAUUCAGUUAAACAUCACUUGAAAUUCAAGAAAAACAUUACAACAGUUCCCAAUGACUGUACGGAUAGGGCUUCGGUUGAAAUUGAUUUUGUCUUCAAAGAAGACACCACUAAUUCCAGCAAAUAUUAUGCCAUUUAUGGAAACAAACAGUUUUACGUUGAAAUCGAUGGCAUAACAAGAGAUCACUUACCGAUUGUUCACAGAGACACUCAACCGAUGCCUAUCGACAGUCUUUUCAAACGAAAGAUGACCGGAAAGACGGCAAUCAAAGAGUAUAAAUUUGUUGGUCCGCUAUAUCUUUACAAAAUACCGUUCAGACCAACCCUACGGGAGUUGGCGACACGUAUAGCGGCCCGAAACUGCCACAAUUAUCAUCAGGUUCACUUACAUACGGUUCACCAGGCGGUUAAUCGGACCACAAAACAUCCGCCGCUCACCGAUUGGGCGAUUAAAGUGGAGGACAGGUUUGCCGACAGAAGAGGUGUUCGUUAUUACUAUCCGACGACUAAAAGGAGUAAAUUAUAUCCAAACACCAAAAAGAGUACAUUAAACGACUCUAUGGUUGUUCCCACUUAUAUCGAUGCUAUCGUUCCCGGAAUUAACAAAUAUAACAAUUUAUCCAAUAUUUAA